AUGCCGUACAUCAUCAACGUACCGGAAAUGCCCCGUCCUUUCAUUACCAACAACCCAAGCGUGUACAUGGACUGUCUCUCGUGGGGCUGGCAUUGCGAGGCGCGGCCAUUCUCAGACUCCUACUGCAAAGCCGCCCGCAAGCGCGAGGAGGCAAGAUACGAGGUCGAUAAGAGAGCCGAGCAACUGGAGAAGUACUACACAGAAGAGGUGGCUCGCCGAGAGCGCGCCAAAAGGUCGAUGUCCAUCGCAUGCAUAGGGUUAUCGAAGUCGCUCAAGCCAUUUCAAGGAUUUGGGAGACACACGAAGCACGACUCGGUGGUCAGCGUUGAGGUUGUUGAAGUAGGCUCGGAUGUGGAGGAUGUCGAGCUGAGCGAAUAA